AUGGACAGGGAAGACUAUGUCAAGAAGCUGAAGUGUGAAAUGUCGGACAGUGAGACAUACGUCGCGGUGACGGAUGAUAAAACAAAGAUUGUGGAAAACAAAGUGAAGAAAGUGGCCGAUACCCUAUACAAGAAGGGCUCAAUCGACAGUGACCUUAAAAGGUAUCUCACCAGCGGCGGUGGAACUUCCGGUAAGCUUCAGGGCAACCCGAAGCUUCAUAAACCUGGGAUGCCUCUCCGCACUUUUGUAAACGGCCGCAAUCACCCGACAGAGAAGAUGGCGGAAAUAGUGGAGAAUGAAUUACGCGAUCAUAUACAGCAGCCGUUACCAGACGGUACCAUCAUAUUUUGUUUGGAUGUGAAGGCUCUUUACCCCAGCGUACCAAGAGAAGAAGCCCGUGCUGCAGUAUUUGAAGCUCUCAAUCGGCGAGUGCAACCGGAAGUACCAACCAACGACAUGAUCACAAUGAUGGACACUGUUCUAAAUAACAACACCAUUUCAUUCAAUGGAGACCACUACAUGCAAAAUGAAGGAACUGCUAUAGGAUCGCACUUAGGAAUGAAUUACGCAUCGACCUACAUGGGAGCCUGGGAGACAGAGUUAUUUUCAAAAUCAAACAAACAUCCAAUAGCCUACUUCCGGUUUGUUGAUGAUGUUUGGGGCUUGUGGACACAUGGUUUGGGGGCACUAAAGACAUUCCAUGCGGUUGCAAAUGAAAUCCAUCCACGAAUACAGCUAGAGCUCCGUUACUCCACAGAGCAGCUCGAAUUUCUAGACACCAUGACGUCUAUUCGAAAAGGAAGGCUGGUUUCAGACCUAUAUACCAAACCAACAGAUCGGCACCUCUACCUGCACAUGGACUCGUCGCAUACCGAGUCUACGAAGAAGGCCAUUCCGUACGGCUUAGGUAUGAGGCUAAAAAGAAUAUGUUUGGAAGAGACGGACUACAAAAUACACAGAGAUGAGAUAAAAGAGCAACUACAGAAGCGAGGAUACAAUGGCCGAUUCGUCGAGACAGAGCUGAAGAAAGUUGAUAACAAGAAGCGAGAAAAUCUGCUGCAUACAAAAGUGCCUUCAAAAAGUAAUUCCAGGUGCUACCAUGCAGAACUAGAGUACACUUGA